CAAAAAGAAAACAAAAAACCAUAGUAAAUAUUUUCGAAAUAUUGACGCCAUGAGCUUCUCGGAAAACACCUCUGACUCGGAUUGGAAGUCGGCAAGGGUGAAAGUGGCUCGGACUAUCAAGGAAUCCUCUAAGCGGAACAAGGAGCAGAGCUCCAGGACGCCCAGAACUGUGAAGCCCAAGUACAACCAGAAAUUCUGCGAGAAGUGGCUGAAGAUCUUCGAUCCAUGGCUGCGACGAGCGGCCGAGGAUCCCAACAAGCCUUUUUGUCGCGCCUGCCAUUGUACCAUGGACUGCAAUCGGUGUCACCUAGUGCGCCACGAGCGGACCACCAAGCACAAGCGCAAUCUGGAGGCACUGCUCACCAAGGGCGAGGGGGCGGCGCUCCAGGAGUUCCGUAUUCGUCAGGAGCGUAGCAAAUACUACCAUCAGCGGAAGUUGGCUAUGCGGCAGGAGGAUGAGCAUGCGGCGCCACCGUCGGAAAAUCAGGAUUUGGAACCUUCCCCAGAGAAUAAUGCCGAUCCUGACGCUAUGGUAGUCAUCCCUGAUCCAAAUUCCUGCUCCCCCAUUAUCGACAAGAUGGAAGUACACAAACAAGAACUGCUUUCGGAAACAGAAAUCACUACUAAGACGUCAGAAUCCAAAGCCAGCCUGCCCAGAUGCAGUGGCUCCUCCGCCGACUCCAACCAGGAGGGUAUCAAGCUACUCAUGCAGAUUCACCAGGACAAAAACGAGUUAAUGGAAUCCUUUCGCGAGCUGAUGGGUAGUCAGACACAGGCACAGACUCAGAAUCACACUCCGUCGCCCAAGGAGAAGAACCAUGUGGAUCUGUUCUUCGAGAGCGUCAGUUCCAGUGUGAAGGCAUUGACCCCAAAGCUGGUGGCGGAGGCCAAGAUGCGGGUGUCGCAGCUGAUUUGCGAACUGGAGCUGCGCAGCCUCAAUGAGAGCAGUUCCAAGGAAGAGGCGGCAGUGGCAAAUGGAUUGCAUGUUCACCGACCGGCAGGACAUGGUAAUCAAAUAAUCACCCAGCAACCUGGUUUUAGCGGCGUUAGUUGAGGGUUAACGGACAGAUGCAAUCACUAGGCCUUAUUCUUUUGUUUGUGUUAAUUUCUGUAAUUAAUUAUUUAACUAGGAUAAAAGAAAUAGUGCAAAAGAAAGUAUUGUUAAGAUGUUAUUUUAUUGAAUAAAUAAAUAUAUAAA